UGUUUCCAAAUAUGGAAUCCGGCUGUCGCUUGGGUUGUACCAAUUUAGGAAAAAGGGAGGUGGCCGGUUGGAAAGGAACAAGGAGGGAACUCAGUAGCCGCUGUCCUACUUUAGAGGGAAUAUCUACCUCGGUUUUUAUGUCUCAUUAAAACGAUAUCGCGGCUUAUUUCAACAACGGGAGGGAAUUAAAAGGCCCUAAGGGCGGUAUUUCAAAUACAGAUAACCCCCCCUCUGAGAGCGAUUGUGGUUCAGUCCGGAUAUUCCGGAAGCGGGGGAAAAUCUUGUCUUGGCGGGGGUCGCUUCCGCUUCCGUACUAGGGACCAAGCUUCGGGGCUGCUGCCGCUGCUGCUGCUUCUGUCGCCUUUGCUGCCAUGACCGCCACCCUCCGUCCCUAUCUCAAUGCCGUGCGUGCUACCCUGCAGGCUGCUAUGUGCCUGGAGAACUUCUCAUCCCAAGUGGUGGAGCGGCACAACAAGCCUGAGGUGGAAGUCAGGAGUAGCAAGGAGUUACUGUUGCAGCCAGUGAUCAUCAGCAGAAAUGAGAAAGAGAAAGUCCUCAUUGAAGGGUCCAUCAACUCUGUCCGAGUUAGCAUUGCAGUGAAGCAGGCUGAUGAGAUUGAGAAGAUCCUCUGCCACAAGUUUAUGCGCUUCAUGAUGAUGAGAGCAGAGAACUUCUUCAUUUUACGCCGGAAACCAGUGGAGGGCUAUGACAUCAGUUUCCUGAUCACAAAUUUCCAUACAGAGCAGAUGUACAAGCACAAGCUGGUGGACUUUGUCAUUCAUUUUAUGGAGGAAAUUGACAAGGAAAUAAGCGAGAUGAAGCUGUCUGUCAAUGCCAGGGCUCGCAUUGUGGCUGAGGAGUUUCUCAAGAAUUGGAAAUUGGAGUCCAAAACACCUGGAAGAACCAAGUUUGCCCAGGCCUGGUGUAGAUGCAUCCUUAAGACUCUGUACAGCCCUUGGCUGCAUCAUAGCAUACUGAUCUGGGAAUGGAAUUGGGUGGUCCCAAAGUGUAAAAUAGGAGGGAAUAGUGACACUGGAGGGAGCCAAAGGCCUGGAAUAGUAGUUGGCAGACUCAAGCCUAAUAGAAAUGCUCCAACUAAUCUUGAACGCAUACACCAGAAUUCCACUCGCCGCCAACUGUCCACUGCUCCCAAUACCAGCAGAUAUAGGUCAGAAGGAGAUCAUCUGGUAGAUGGGCACACACCACGGAGUGUCAAUGUCAGAUAUUCAUUCAAUCCAGAACGCCUUAAGCAAGCUCGACAACAUGUGGAGAAAGCAAUAAAACUGAGGAAGAUCUUCAUGGUGCAUGGCCCUUACCCUGUAAUCCGGAGACGGCUGCUUGGCAGAGGUUGGGUGGAGAAAAAAAUUCCCAGGGUGCCAAAAGCUGCUGCUAAGCGGGAGCGCAUCCCUGAUGGGGAACGUGAUGAAGAUGGUGAUGACAGUGAUAUACCAUUUGAUGAUGAGGAGGAGGAAGAGGAAGAUGAACAGCAAGAUGACCCUGAUGGUACACUUAGCCUCAUGUCCAGGUUGGUUCGCAACCAGACCCCCUACUUCAUCUGGACCAAUCGCCGUGAUGUUAUUGACUGCCGCUUCCUGCGCAAGGACCAGAUGAUGAAUCACUAUGCCAAAGCAGGCACCUUUACCACCAAGGUAGGACUGUGUCUCAACCUACGCAAUCUGCCAUGGUUUGAUCAAGCUGAUGCCGAUACCUUUUUUCCACGGUGCUACCGUCUUGGAGCAGCUGACGAAAAGCAUGCUUUUAUUGAGGAUUUCCAACUCACUGCAGCCAGGAGCCUUCUCAAACUGGUAGUGAAGCGAUAUUGGAAUAAAUCCAUUUUCACAGAAUCUUUGGAUACAAAUGAGAAUGAGCUCUUAGAUGUCCAGUUAUCUCCAGAAGGUAAAAAAUCUCCUGGCCGUAAAAGAAUCUUUCUCUCAUCCCGGCUGGUUGAGACUGCGAUCCGUGCAUGCGAGGAACACUUAGCCAGCUUGAGGCACCAGGAUAUUGACAGAGAUUUUGAGUCUCCACUGCUGAUGACAAAGACACACUGGAAAGAUUUCCUACAGGAGUACUAUCAGGUAGCCCAUGAGGAGGCAGAUAUAGUGCAGACAGGAGCCUAUGUUGAUCGGUGUGAAGGAAUCCUGGCCCGAUUGAAAAAAGUUGUCCCACAGCUGGAAAUGGAAGGUGACAGGAACAUCUGGAUUGUCAAGCCAGGAGCCAAGUCCCGGGGCAGAGGCAUUAUGUGCAUGGACCACCUGGAGGAAAUUGUGAAGCUAGUAGACUGUGACCCCAUGAUUGUCAAGGAUGGCAAAUGGGUUGUGCAGAAAUACAUUGAGACACCUCUACUCAUCUUUGGUACCAAGUUUGAUCUGCGCCAAUGGUUCCUGGUGACUGACUGGAAUCCACUUACCAUUUGGUUCUAUCGGCAGAGUUACAUCCGCUUCUCUACCCAGCCUUUUUCUCUACACAACCUGGAUACCUCCAUCCACCUGUGCAAUAACUCCAUCCAGAAGCACUUAGAAAACUCACUGAAUCGCCACGCUGGCCUUCCUCCUGACAACAUGUGGUCCUCUGACCAGUUCCAGCUCCACCUACGGCAGAUGGGGGCACCAGAGGUCUGGUCACGGGUGAUAGUACCUGGCAUGAAGACAGCAAUCAUUCACGCCAUGCAAACCUCACAGGACUUGGUGGAGUUUCGUAAAAGCAGCUUUGAGCUCUAUGGCGCAGACUUUCUGUUUGGAGAAAACUACCAGCCAUGGCUGAUUGAGAUCAAUGCCAGCCCCACCAUGGCGGCCUCCACAACUAUCACCUCCCGACUUUGUGCCAGUGUACAGGAGGACACUCUGCGUGUGGUCAUUGACCGCAAAUAUGAUCGCAACUGUAGUACAGGAAACUUUGAGCUCAUUUACAAACAGGCAGCUGUGGAAGUUCCCCAAUAUGUUGGCACCAGUCUCUUGGUAGAAGGGUCUACCGUCAAGAAGCCUCGGCAUUCCUUCCAAAGAAGCCCUGUCCCCGGUGACACCAGGAAUGGCUGCGAUACUCAGUCACCCAAGACUCCUAAGCUGGUUUUCCAGCGUGCUAAUCACAGUGUCCUUCGGGCAGCUACGCCAUGCUGGGUAACAAAAAGCAGCAAGGCUACGGAGCCAGCAUCCCCUGGGAAGGAGAACAAAGCCAAGGAGAAGGCUGCUACCAGCAAGAUCCCUGUAGCAUCUGACGCACCCAAGUUGUCCACAAAGCUAAUAACUGACCCCCGUAACCGGAAGGUACUGAUGGCCCAUAGCAUGGCAACCACCACCACCACCACCACUUUGGGAGAUGAUGUCUCACAGCCAGCCCAGCUCUGUGUCAAAUCCAGUUCUCAGAAGCUGACCACUUGCCCAGGACAAUCUGCUCUCCAUCAUACCAAGCCAUCCAAUCUCAUGGGUUUAGUGGUGCAGGACCGGGUACCCAGCAAGGCAACCCAAGUGGCAGGUAGGGAGUUGUUUUUGAAGCUGCACUUGCAGAAAACAAGGGCUGCCUCUGCCUCUGGGAAGCCGCCAGUCUCCAACACUUUUGUGAGGCCCAACAUGCAAGAAUGCUUGCAGCAUUUCAAGCAGUGCUUCCUGCAGCAUGUGCCCAUGCCCCUGACCCCUCUGUCCCCUUUAACUAUGAAUUUACCUUCAACUGCCAAGCUUAAUGCCAUUAGAGCCUCUAUGAUCAAAAAGUGGAAUCUCAGAAGGGACGGAACCUUCCGAUGACGUUGGAGCAGCUCUGGCUUUGGGUCUCUGAUGGCAGACAAGCAUUAUGCUAUAGAAGGUCUGGGCAGCACUUAUAUGGAGCUGUACAGAUAGGAAAUCAUGUGUCUGGGAGCUGGAUUCUCCUUCCCAAUAAAGGAUUUUGUCAAAAAGUUGGCCGGAGUGUAUAAUGGAAGAGUAAACAGAAAGUUAGAGUAGAUGGGGGAAUGUUAGGAUGAUUGCCUUUCACAUCUACUGAUGUGGCAGUUAAGGGUCAUUUUGAGGCAAUGAAAGAGCCAGAGGGGGCUAGAUGGAAUAUAGGGACUAAAAAGUAAGGAAGAGAACAUGGAGAAAGGCCAGGGUAUGAAGGUGUGACUCAAAGGAUGGCUUGUGUUCUCGGAAUUCUUCACUGUCUAGACAUUAACCAAAAGGUUGAGUCCAGGGCAGAGUGAUAUAUAUGGCUGAAGGGCUCCGAAGGCAAUGUAGCAGAAAUGUUUUCAGUGCUGAUGAGCAAAUAUGAGAAAUGUGAUACAUUUGGACAGAAAAGGUCAGAGCGAAGGAUUUUAUUAACAUUGUUAAUAGGAUCGUGACUAUUCAGCCUAUCAUUCUACUUGCCAAAAUGCAGUUUGGUAUCUUCCCAUUGGAUUAGGGACUGCUUGACAUCCAGGGUGCCGAGGGAAAGGUUUUGGGAGGUGACAAAGAUAAGAUGGAAAGAGCUGUCUGGACUGCUGUGCUUGCUAUCAAAAAGUUAAAAACACCACAAAACAAGUGUUUUAUUUUGAGUAGAGAUGGGGAGUCGACUGGUCAUCCGGUGGUACAUUCAAGAAGAUUACAGAACACAAGUCAUGUUUGUGCUGGGUUUAGUGCAAAACAGAAAAAGCAAUUGGGACAAUGUUGUGGUGGUCUUCUCUGAUUUUAUUACAGGCGAGCAAAAAAAAAAGGGUGGUGAUUGCUUUUUAAAAAAAUUGUUCAGUUUAAUUUCAGAGCUGAUUUAUCAAAAUGCCAAUCUUCAUUUUCCGGAUUGUGACCUACACCCAGUUUACUGCCAAAUUUAAGUUGUUCUACAUGAGUUGUAUGUUGUGUAUCUCUAAACUUUGUAAAAAUGGGAGGGGGAAAUUAAGACAAAAUGGUAAAAGCCUUUUGCAGUCAGAAAAUUAAAAGUGGGUCCCAUGUUGCAGGUUGGAAUUCAAAGGUGGGUGCUAUACUUGAAAAACUGAAGACUCCUGUUGUAACUUAACUGAAGCUUGGGUGCCAGUAGUACAAGUUCUCUUUGGAGCUUGAUGGUCUUUACCCAUCUUGACCCAGCAGUUGGUUGUUGUUUUUUUAAAACAUUUCUUUUUAUCUUUGAGACCUGUUCCCUUAAGACUUUUAGGAGUGUGUAAGAAAUCCAUUUAUAAAUAAAUCAAAGUUCUUCAUGAAGAUAACCAAAA